AUGUCCAGACGAGACAUAAAGUUUGCCCAGCACUAUGUGGAGUGUACACAGUGUGAGGCGAACGCUGAAUAUUACUGUAACACAUGUACCGACAACCUGUGUCAGGUAUGCCGAGACCGUCACACCAAGAGCAACGCCACCAGAUCCCACGUCAUCGUCCCCUACCAGGAGAGGCAGACGACAUCUCCAAACACCGAAUCCUGUCACAUUCAUCCAGAAUUCUCUUAUGACAUGGCGUGUCAGGAAUGCAAGCUUCCGAUCUGCAUCAGGUGUAUGAAAGAAAACCAUAAAGGUCACACAUUCAGAAACAUUGACGACACAUUGGAAGACACCGAGAAACCCUGCAGAGACAAGAUUCAAAACGCGAAGAAGAAUAUACUCCCAAAGCUGCGUGACCGCUUAAAGAAAUUAUCUGAUCAGAGAACAAAGUCCAAGGAGAAAAGAACCGACAUAAGGAGACGACUGCGAGAAGAUGCAAAAUAG